AUGACGAUGAUUCCCUUGGCGAAUGCCCCCACUACUGGGGUUGUCGUGCUGCUCAUUAUCAUCAGUUUGAUAUAUGGUGUGACGGUUCAGGGCAGACGAAAUGCCAGGCUUCCUCCAGGGCCUCCUACCCUCCCUAUCAUUGGAAAUCUUCACCAGCUUCCUAGAGAUAAAGGGUAUCUCCAGUUUGCGAAAUGGGCUAAGGAAUAUGGGCAAAUUUAUUCUUUGAAGAUUGCCUCCCGGACCAUGAUCGUGAUCUCCAGUCGACGUCUUGUCAAAGAGAUUAUGGAUAAGAAGAACUCCAUCAGUGGGUUCCGGCCCCCAGCGUAUGCUGUGAACAACUUGAUAUACAAAGGAGACUUUCUCCUUCUUAUGAACCCGGACGAUGCCAAAUUCCGUCGAGAACGGAAGCUCAUUCAUCAGUUCUACAUGGACUCAGUAUGCGAAAAAAGGCACCUGCCCUACAUUAUCGCAGAAUCAGCUCAACUAAUGGUCGAUAUUCUGAAUGACUCUGAUAGGUGGUCCGAUCAUUCCACAAGAUACACCAAUAGCCUCAUCAUGAGUACAAUCUAUGGGUUUCGUACUCCUUCCACCGACACAGUGCAUUUACAUAGAGUUCUCGAUAUCGCCCACGAUCUGUCUCGCGUUAUAAUGCCCGGCAAGCUACCCCCGGUGGAUAUAUUCCCAUUUCUGAACUACCUUCCCGAGCGGCUCUUUGACAAUUGGCGGUCCAAAUGCCGGAAUGUUGCUAAAAAGAGCGACAAAUUAUAUGCCGAGUUUUUAGACCAUGUCAUUGAGCGUAGGGAGAAACUCGGCUCCAAGGACACUUUUGCCGACAAGGUCCUCGAGCAGAAAGGUGAUGAUGCAUUCACACGACACGAAGUUAUGUACCUCCUUUCGACGGUACUUGAUGCAGGCACCGAUACCACAUCAGGCGCUUUCAAUACACUUGUGCAGAUGCUCACACAAAACCAGCAUAUUCUAAAAGAUGCUCAGGAAGAGAUGGACCAGGUCGUGGGUGAGAAUCGCACUCCCUGCUGGGAAGACUUUGGAAAGCUCCAAUUGGUGGUCGACAACUACGCCUUGCCGAAAGGAAGUUCUAUCAUCGUCAAUAUAUCAGGAUUACAUCACGACGAAAAGAAGUUUCCAAAUGCGCUGGAAUUUGAUCCUAAGAACUAUGAAGGGAAAGACGGCCUUGCUACAGCAUACUCCAACGCGGCGAACUACGAAGACAGGGAUCACUACGGUUACGGUUUUGGUCGACGUUUGUGUCCUGGAAUUCACUUUGCAGAACGGUCUCUGUUUAUUACCUUUUCAAAGCUGAUUUGGGGGUUUGAUAUUGCACCAGCUAAGGAUGACCAGGGUAGGCCAGUUCCGAUUAACACUGAUUGGGCUACUGGAUAUUCGGGGGGCGCAAUUCUGCACCCUGAUCAUUUCCAAACUUGUAUCAAAGUUCGCUCUGAAAAGAAGAGAGAGAUUCUUCUGAGGGAUUUUGAAGAGGCGAAAAAGUUGUUCUCUACGCUCGAUGCGCCUCCGAGAGAGAAUUGA